GAAGAAGGGAAAGAAGCAGGUGGCGGCGGAGUUUUCGGACGCUGUCACGGAAGAAACAGUGAAGAAGCAGGUGGCUGAAGCCUGGAGCCACCGGACGCCCUUCAGCCAUGAGUCGAAUCCUGGGCGCGCUGGACGCAGAGAGAACAUGAGAGCUUAGCGUUUAAAAUGCAAGCUCUGGGUGCUCAUUAGAGACUUCUCAGUUUCCUCAUCUGUUGCAUAGGCGACAAAUAUCCCUCAGUUGUUGAGAAGAAGCUAUUGUCUUGGACAUGGAUCCUUUUCUUCACUGCGUAAUCCCAAACUUCAUCCAAAGCCAAGACUUCCUGGAAGGACUUCAGAAGGAGCUUUUGAGCCUGGACUUCCAUGAAAAGUACAAUGAUUUGUAUAAGUUCCAGCAGUCUGAUGAUUUGAAGAAAAGCAAAGAGCCUCAUAUCUCAGCUUUAAGGAAACUUAUGUUUGAAGAUUUUCGGGACUGGCUCUCUAAGGUUUCCAGCAUUGACCUAGAACCAACCAUUGAUAUGUCCUGUGCCAAAUACGAGUUCACUGAUGCUCUACUCUGCCAUGACGAUGAGCUGGAGGGGCGCCGGAUUGCCUUCAUUCUGUACCUGGUUCCUUCCUGGGACAGGAACUUGGGGGGCACCCUGGACCUUUACGACACUGAUGAACACUUGCAGCCAAAGCAGAUUGUCAAGUCUCUUAUCCCUUCGUGGAACAAACUGGUUUUCUUUGAAGUAUCUCCAGUAUCCUUUCACCAGGUGUCUGAAGUCCUGUCUGAAGAAGCAUCACGUUUAUCCAUAAGUGGCUGGUUUCAUGGUCCUCCGUUAACCAGGCCUCCCACCUACUUUGAGCCCCUGAUCCCUCGAAACCCUCAUAUCCCACAAGACCAUGAAAUUUUGUAUGAGUGGAUCAACCCUGCUUAUCUGGAAAUGGAUUAUCAAAUGCAAAUCCAAGAAGAGUUUGAGGAAAGGUCUGAAAUCCUCCUGAAGGAGUUUCUUAAGCCUGAGAAAUUUGCCAAGGUCUGUGAAGCCUUGGAGAAAGGAGAUGUGGAAUGGAGUAGCCGUGGUCCCCCAAACAAAAGGUUUUAUGAGAAAGCAGAGGAAAGCAGUCUCCCUGACAUACUGAAGGAGUGCAUGGGCCUGUUCCGCUCCGAGGCCCUGUUCUUGUUGCUCUCCAACUUCACCGGCCUCAAGCUCCACUUCUUGGCUCCAUCAGAGGGUGAUGAGGUCGAGGACAAAGGAGAGGGGGAAGUAGCCUGUGCUGCUGAUGGCACCGAAGAAGGGACUAGCCAAAGCCCCUCAGCGCCUAAGGAUAAUCAGGCAGCUGUUGGCAGCCACAGUCUAGAGAGUGGUGAACAGGCAGACCUGGAACCACAGGAAGACGAAGCAAAGAAAGAGUUGGGUGUUCCCAUGUGCCAGGGGGAGCUGAGGCAUUGGAAGACUGGUCACUACACGUUAGCCCACGACAACAGCAAGACUGAAUUUGCCCUGGACCUGUUUCUCUACUGUGGCUGUGAAGGCUGGGAGCCAGAAUAUGGCGGCUUUACUUCCUACAUUGCCAAGGGUGAAGAUGAAGAGCUGCUCAUAGUGAAUCCAGAAAACAAUUCUUUGGCAUUGGUCUACAGAGACAGAGAAACUCUGAAAUUUGUGAAGCACAUUAACCACCGAAGCCUAGAGCAAAAGAAAACCUUCCCAAACAGAAGUGGUUUCUGGGACUUCGCCUUUGUCUAUUAUGAGUAACAGGGGUGGGCAAAGCCAACCAGCAUCACUUCAUCGUGCUGGGAAACCUGGAGUCCUCGUGGAGUGAAGGAAAGCAUGCAGGCUGAGGGCAUCCUUCAAAGGGGCUGUCCUUACUGGCUGUGCUGUGCAUGCAAACUGUAACACCAACCUUAGGAGGCAGAGGAAGGAGGGGCCUCCAGUUCCAAGGUCAGUGUGGUCUAUACAGUGAGACCCUGUCCCAAAACAAAACAAAUCUUGGUCAUCCUUUUAUGGAACUCAACCUAGACAUCAGCCUCCAGCUAUGUACUUAUCUCUUGGUUUUUUUAACCCCCAUCUCACACACACACACACACACACACAUGCACACACUCAGUUCUUUUGGUUCUAUAGUGACUGCCUCAGCAACUUCUAACUUUGGUGACUUUUUAUUUAUUAUGGUAAAAUAUAUGUAACAUAAAAUGUAGCAGGAUAACUUUUAUUUUUUGGUUUGAGGGUUUUGUUUUUGACAAGGUUUUACUAUGUAGCCCAGGCUAGCUCUGAACUACUGACCCUUCCACCUCAGCCUCCAAGUUCUGGUGUCAUAGGCAUGAGCCACCACUCGCACCAGUUCUUGCAUGUCCAGGUCAGUGGAACUGAGCACACUGGCAGUGCUCCAGAGCAUCCGUCACUGCCAUCGUAUCCCAAGUGAAAUUCCGUGCCUUGUGAAUAGUCAGCUCACUCGCUACUGCCUCUUCUCUCUUGACUGUUUGCCUCCUAAGUGAAUCAUAAAGUAUUUAUCCCUUCAUAAUUGGCUUGCUUCACUUAGCACAAAGUCCUCAAAGUUCAACAGUCUUCCCAGUGAUUUUUCUUUUUCACUUCUUCUGUGUGGUUGUAGAAGCAUGUGUAAUCUGGUUCAUGCUGAGUCUGAGAGCUGUAACAGUUUGAGUAAUUGCACUGCUCCCCACUGUGGCCCGAGUUCCACCCUGGCUCUCAGGACUGUUUACUCACGUGGGUCUGGCUGAAAACUGCCAUGGCCCUGGGAAUUAUGUGGCUGAGAACAAGGACAGGCUGCUUAUUACCCUCUGUAUUUACUCCCAGGAGUCUACCACAGUGGUUCUCAACCUGGGGGUCUUGGCUCUUUCACAGAGGUCAGAUAUCAGAUAUACUGCAUAUCAGAUAUUUAUAUGAUUCAUUCCAGUAGCAAAACUACAGUUAUGAAGUAGCAACGAAAUAAUAAUAAUUAUGGCUGGGGGGUCACCACAAUGAGAGGAACUGUUUUAAGGGUUUGCAGCAUUAGGACAGUUAAGAACCGCUCAUCCACUGCCUUCCAAACCUAGAGCUGUGGCUUCUGUGAGUCUAGCCUCCCAGUGACCGGGUUCCUUAAUGCUGGCGGGCCGGGUGUAAAUUGUGUUGCCUUUUCCUUUUUUUAAAGACUAGCACUAGAAAGCCGAGUCAGAGUCACAGGAAGCCUCACUCUGCCUCCACUCUUCUCCCUGUUCUGCUCCAUGGGGCUGUGACACAGCUCUUCCCACUGCGGCACACACACGAUGACUGAACAUGUCCCCACCCCACCCCGGGUCCGUUUGCUGCUGUCUCGAUUUCUGUCUGUCCUUGCAGGUUUCAGUGUGGACUUUACUAAUAGGAGAAGCACUGGGCCUUUAAAUUUCUCAUCCACACUUCUCUUUCGUGUCUUCAGACUCUACCCAAGUACCGUCUAUCUGUUAACAUUGAUGGGCCUCAGUUUGUUCGCUUUGUUCCAUUAAGUAAAACACAUUUAACAUCGUAGCCUAAUGGAUACUUACAAGUCUUAGGUGUUCUGAAUUAAGCAUAAAAAAGUAAUUUUUAAAUAAUGAUAAGAAUAUCCAGACCUAACCUAAGGAGGCAUGAAACUUUAAUCCCAGCUCUUAGGAAGUAGAGGCAAGAAGAUCAAGAGUUCUUCCCUCAUCUACACAGUGAGCUCAAGGCCAACCUGAGCAAUAGUAGACCUUGUCUCAAAAUCAAAGAAAGUUCGGGGAGAGCCGACACAUCUUUAUCCCGGCACUCGGGAGGCAGAGGCAGGCAGAUCUGUGAGUUUGAGGCCCUGUUUCAACAAGAAAGAAAGACUAUCCAGAGCGAGUUUGAGGGCUGUCUUCCCAUGCUGGGCAGUGAUGGGCAUUCUCCAUGUACACUGCUUUGGACUCCAGCGUCAUCAACCACAGAGUACUGCUCAGGUAGGACUAAACAUACUUUGUUGCUAAUGGUUAAUUUUGAAGCCUGUGCUUUCUGAAUCGCUGCAGACUAAAGGAAGGCACCCCCUCCUCCCUGUUUGGGGUACUGGGACUCCGAUCCAGACUUGCUAUGCCUCCAGUCAUUCUUGCUUUCUUCUACUUUGUUUUGUUUGAUUUUUCUAAGACAGGUACUCACAUUGCAGGCCAGGCUGACCUUUAACUCCAGGCCCUCCUGCCUCAGGCUCCUCCGUGGCAGGAUUACAGCAGUAAGUACUGCAUCCAGCUCCCUUGGUUUCUGAUGUGUCCUCAUGAUUGAACUUAGGUAACAUUUUGUUUGUGGAUUAACUCCAUGAAGACCCAGGGAAAGUGCUAAAGAAAGCAUCCUAUGAGCCAAAGCAUAUACCUCUUAGCACCACCCAGCUUCUCCAGUUCUGGAGACCUGUGUCUCCUUUAUCCCCAUCUGCUACGGUCUGCCGCAGCAGGACCUUUACAAGACUGGGCUGAGAUGCCCGGACUGAAAGAACCCCGGAGGGUCUUUCUGUCUCUGCUGAGCCUCCUGCCUGCAAGAACAACAGAACCUGCAGAUUGCUUUCUGCUCUGAUGACAGUUGCUUUUUGUCAUCCGUCAUGUGCCACAUCAUUGAUGUUUCACUGAGAUAAAUGGCAUAUGACAGUAAGCCCAUAAGUCUACAGUGGAGCUGAAGGAUUCCUAUAGCCAGAUCACUCACAGUCAUGGUGACAACAGGCCACCUGUCUGUCGCUGCAUGAGUACAGCGCAUGCAGCUGUGCACAGAAUGGCGGAUGCAGGCCGCUGUUUUCUGUUCAUUACAUACUACCUGCUCAGAGUGCACUGCUGAGACCUUAACUCCCAUGUGGCUGCAGGUACUCCAGAGGAAGGGUGGCUAUGGGGGCUGGCGUUUCUGUGCAUGUUACUGCCCUCUCAAGAUCACAGUAGAACAGAACACGGGGAAAGGCAGUGAUGAAGAUGGCAAUCGUAUGUGUGUGAGCCUGAGCCAGUGUGUGUGUCUUAGUUUUUAAUAAAAAUUUCAGAAAGUUUUUUAAAAAAUUGAAAAUAACUUGGAGGAAAUAUUUUUGUACAGUUAUACAGUAUAAAGUGUUGUUAUAAGUCAGUUAUAAAAAUUACAGUUUAAAAUAAAGGCGUUCUAUUCCGUAAGCUAAGGCUACUGAACAUAGAGUAUUUUUAACAUGGUGCACAGGUCGGGAGCCUGAAAGCUUCCGCUUGUCUGUCCAGGUACAUUGUCGGGUCUGCAUAAUGAACCUGCCUCAGCUCUGACUCUGCUUCAUUCCUGAUCCUGACUGACUGCUGCUUUGGGCAUGGGGCAAGAGUCAAUGUGGAUUCUUAAUACCUCUUCUUGGUAAAAGCUAUGCUACUUUCUGUGUGACCAAUAAAUGGCAUGUUUCUUUUUGUCCUUAGUAGUGAGCCUCUAACUCCUUUUUACUUUGUUUUCUUAUUUAUUGGUGUUUUGAGAAGGGUCUCUGUGCACACCCUAGCUCCCCAUCUGCUAAGAUUAUACAGAAGUAUAGCACCGUGUCCAGCUCUGAACUUCCAGUUCUUGUACUCCUUUUCCUCAAGGUGGGUCUCCCCCGAAGAUAACAGCUUCCUAUCUUUUCAGAUUAUAUAAAUAUGCAUGUUCAUUUUUGAGAAAUUAAAACAAAAUUAAAAUUGUGGAAAAAUACAAAGGUCAGUUGAAAUCCUACCCUGCCACAACGCCUUGUUGCUUUGAGUGUGCCAGCAUGGCUGCCCUGCACUGCGUUAGGAAGCAUGGUUCCUCUCUGCGCUCUCUGCCCCUUCUCCUAGUGGGAAGAGACAAAAACAAGGUUCUAGGCAGCCUUGCAGGCAGGGCUCUGACGGAGUGACUUAAGGCCACCACUGCAUACAAGAAUAAAACAGUUACCUGAGUGCUCCUUAAGCAAGUCUCUUUCAGGUCCUUAGAAUGAACACAAGCGGGCAGUGAAGCAUUUGGAGAUUUGCCGGCAGACUGCCUUCAAACUUGUUUUCCUUAAUAUAAAUUUGUUUACACACAUCUUUGAAUGAUUAAAAAUUUUGAAUGUCUGUAUUUUUGUUUUUCCCCACAAAAUAAAGAUGUUUUGUGCA